AUGGAGGGGAAACUUCCAGAGGCGGGGCGCUGCUCCGAGAGGGAAAGUUCGCCAACACCCACAGACAUGACAGUUUCUGAGAGCGCUACACAAAACUGCAAAGAUGAAACUGUCCUGCAGUGGCUGAGAGAAAAUUCAGAGUCUGGCACCUUCAGAAAACUCUCAGACAUGUUUGAUUUCCUGAAAAGUAAAAUUGAUGAGGAAGAAAAGAAGAACCACGAUGACACUGUUGACAUAAUCUUUGUGGCACAUGGAGCAAUCAGAGACUCCAUGAUCCCAGCCAGCUGUUUGCUGCCUCUGCCCACCAUCACUGACCUGGUCCUGUACUCUCCCUGGAACUGUGCCACCACUGGUGAUGUAACCUAUGGCAUUGCAACAGGAAAAAUGAGGCCAGAGCACAGAGUUUUUUACCGUAAUCUUCCAAUAACGUGUAUUAAUCAACCCCCGAAUCUGCCAAACUACUGGAACUCACUGAAGAAAGCCAGAGGACAGAGGAUCCCAAACAUCAUUGUGAGCCCUCUGCAGGAAGAUGAUGGCGUGUGGGAAAGAUUUAAGUCUCUCUCAACAAAAUAUGGUCCACCAGGACGAAACCGCAUCAUCAUCCCGUUCAUCCUCCCAGGAGAGAGAGAAAGUGUCCCGUUCUCUGUCGUUGCCUUGGCUCUGUCCCUGGUGCUCCUCUCUUCCAGGUUUAAAGCCACCGUUCACUUUAAUGCCUGUCUGAGUGAUAAGUCUACAGGACAGAAAUCUGACAGGAAGUAUCUGCAGGAGCAGUACUACUGCACUGAAGACAAAACUGGGAUGACAUGUUCACCAGAUGCAUUCAGUGUGAACCGGUUGGAUCGUUUUAAGAGUCUGUUUAGUUAA